GUGGCCAACAACGGCUCAGCGUUCAGUUCGGUCUGUAAAUUGGCAACGAGUCGAGCAACGAACGCGUUCAACCAAAAAUAAAAAACAACGAAUAACAAAAUAUAUAUAUCACUAUCACUAUUGAACUUAAAAAUCGGGAACUGUUAACAUGCCAAUAUAUUUGUUAGCUACAAUCGAUUCACUGCCAAUUGCUGGGCAGUAGCGUGCGAACUGUGUUUGGAGUCGCUGGAAGAACGAAGAACAAUAAUUCAAUUGUUACGGCACAUUAAGUAAAGCAAACCAUAAAUAAAUGGCAAACAUUUAAUGCGCAAAACGUCGUAAACGGAAAAAAGUGCUUAAAACUAAAUGAAAAUACGAACAUUUUUUAAAACUGCCAACGCAACGACAAACUAAAAUACACAAUAAAUUAUAACAACACAAAGUUUUCUUAAUAACUUUGUCAAAAAACUAACUACUUAAAUAACAAUAAAUAUAAAAUAAAAGCAAAAUGAAGUUCAUUUGCUGUGGUAAUAAAGGAUCUAUGCAGGUCAAUGAUAAUGGCGUCUCAAUAGACAAUAAAAAGGAAGCGGAAGCGGAAGCAGGCGCGCCAAAGUAUGGAUUGGGGGUACGACAUUUUCAAACCUUUUUGUUAUUCUGCGCUCUAACAGUGGCCUACGCCCAGCGUGUCAAUCUCUCCGUGGCCGUGGUGGCCAUGACAGAUUCAAAAGGCUCAAAUCCCAAUUUUCCCGAAUACAAUUGGCCGGAAAAGACGAAAUCCUUGCUGUUGAGCAGCUUCUUUUGGGGCUAUGUGUUCACCCAGGUGCCAUCGGGUCAAUUGGCUCGCAAAUUUGGCGGCAAGAUCACUCUGCUGACGGGUCUGGCCCUCUGCUCAGUGCUGAACAUACUGACACCUCUGUUCGCCAGGUGGGGAGGUUGGCAGCUGGUCUGUGCCCUGCGUGUCAUGGAGGGACUUUGUCAGGGUGUCGUCUUCCCAUCUGUGCAUACGCUGAUCUCCGCCUGGGUGCCACCCAAUGAACGACCUGUGCUGGGCACCUGCGCCUACACUGGCAAUCAGUUUGGUACCAUUGUGAUGUUGGCCACAAGUGGAUUGCUUGCCUCCUCAUCGGCUGGCUGGCCCAGCAUCUUUUAUAUAUCCGGCGGCGUUGGUUGCAUCUGGGCGAUCGCCUUCUAUAUUUGGGGCGCCAGUUCGCCGGCGGACUACAAGAAGAUCUCUGUGGAGGAGAGGAAGAUGAUUGAGAUGACGCAGGCGAGUGAAGCGGUGUCGGAGCAACCCAAGGAGAAACUGCACACACCUUGGAUGAGUUUCAUGACCUCUCCCGCCUUCUUGGCGCUCAUCAUUGCCCACAGUGCCAACAAUUGGGGCUUCUGGACGCUGCUCACCGAAAUUCCCAGCUACAUGAAGAAUGUCCUGGGCAAGGAUAUCAAAUCGAAUGCGCUGCUCUCGGCUCUUCCCUACUUUGCCAUGUUCAUCAUGUCCUUCAUCUUCUCGGCCAUUGCAAUGCAACUGAACAAACGCAACUGCAUCUCGACUGUGACCAGCAGGAAACUCUUCAACUCCCUCGGUCUGUGGGUGCCCAUGUUGGCCCUCAUUGGCCUGGCCUAUGUGGACAGCGAUCAGAGCAACUUGGCUGUCAUCCUGCUAACUGUCACAGUCGGCUUCAAUGGCGCCUGUUAUCUGGGCUUCCAAAUCAAUCACAUUGAUUUGUCGCCCAACUUUGCUGGCAUUCUCAUGGGCAUCACAAACUGCGUGGGCAACAUCAUGAGCAUCAUUGCUCCCCUUCUCGUUGGCUUCAUUGUCAACAACGAGAAAGAUGCACAACAAUGGCGAGUUGUUUUCUUCAUUGCCGCAGCCAUUUAUCUUGUGGGCAAUGGACUCUUCAUCAUCUUUGGUCGUGCCAAUGUCCAGCCCUGGAACGAUCCUCCAGCCAAGCAUCGUCGCAACUCCACACCCCAAGUGGAGUCUCAACACUAGAGACAUUCCCAGCGAGAGACAGACAGAGAGAGAGAGAGAGAACCGCUAGUCAUCUGGCUGAAGAGCGAGAGGCGAAACUCGUUAGAUAAUUACAAUAACUGCAAUUCGAAGCAAUGUAUUUUAACAUUGCCCCUCGAAUUCGCCAUCGUUUUGUAUUUGUAUUUUAUAAAUUGUACAUUUUAUUUGAAUUUUUUAUACUAAGUUUAGUUAGUAGUGCUUAAUUACAUAAGGCCUUGUUGCAUAUGUGUAUAAAGACCAAGAUACAAAAAGAAAAAAAAUAAAUUUAAGAAAAAACAUUAAA